AUAUAAGCAUAUGUAUUGUUGAUUACACUUUGUAUUAUUAUGUUGCAUAACAUGAAGUUGUAUUUCGUUAUAUCUCUUCUCGUGUCGUUGGCGAUCAUUACAACAAAUUGUAACGGAAAGGAACAUAAAAAUCAAGAUCCCCACGAUUUUAAUGUUGUAGAAGAUACAUCAGCUGAUCGUCGAGGAGCAGUUCGAGGGCGUGGUCGAGUAAAAGAAAUCGUCCAUGAACACUGGAAAUUGAAUAAUUUUCAGAAUAGAUGA